GUUAACCACAAGCUAUUGGUCAAGAGUUUGGAACCAUUUUUCGAGUUGAAUCUUAACUGAUCUUCAAGUAACCAAGMAUUAACUGGAAAAAAGCACACAGCGUUUUCCUCAACGAUAUAUCAUCGAAAGCUGUAUCAUUGUUUUACCAGACAUAAGUUAACUCAAGGCUCGGUGACACUUGUUUUUACAAUUCCAUAAAAAGUAACAUUUGUGAUACAUGAACUCAAUAUUUUUAUAUGAGWAGGCCUGCGAUCACAUGAAUAUUCAUUGGCAAACUGAGAAUUGAAAUUAUUUCGUUCGACUCUUAGUACGUUACGAUUACGACUAGAUAACAGAAAACCUUUAUAAAGAGAUUCAUUACAUUGUUAUUUUAUUCUUUUUUCGUUUCAUAGGCUACGUGUUAAAGACCAAUACAGUUGUACAAUACAAGUCCUUUUUAGAUUUUUACUUUUUGAAACCAUUUACAAUCUCUUUCGACUGAAAAGUUGUGGCUGUUUAAAAAGAUCGAGCUAUGAUUCGUCAAUUAGUUUACCUGGCAUUGUGGAAAAUCUGGACAAAAUAUUCCAGGAAAUCUUUCCAGUUACAUGCAUCAUGCACAUCAAAGUUCAAUGCAGUUGUACAGAAUGGUUUAUAUUUCUCUACGUUCUUUAUGUUUGGUAUGUCGGUYGGGAUGGCGGGACCAACCCUCAUGGACUUUCUGGCUAGUUAUUUCAAAGAAUAYGAUGCUGUUAAUGCUUUAAGUUGGUUAUUGUUUGUCCAGUCAGCGACUCGAUUUAUCGGUGCAAUCUUUGCAGGGUUUCUAAUCGACAGGUUUGAAUGCAAUCGAAAUCUGAUGUUGUUAGUAUGUUUGACGCUCAAUGCUGUCUUCCUGGCUGUUAUACCAAUGUGUAGGGAGCUUUGGUUAUUGAUAUUAACGACCGCAGCUGCGGGAUAUUGUGUAGGAGUAUUGGAYACAGCAACCAACGUGCAAUUAUUGGCUUUACAUGGCAAGAAAGUAUCUCCGUAUUUGCAGGCUCUUUAUUUUUCUUACGGCUUUGGCGCCUUUGUGAGCCCACUGAUCGCAGAGCCUUUUCUCAGUGGACAACCYCAYCCKGAGAUYGUUACAAAGCGUCGUGAGAAACCGAUGCCUUAUGGYGGMGGCAAACAUCGCCAUCAUCACUCUACACAUCCGAACUUAACUGAUGGUAUAUCAAUGGAUGAUCAAGCUUAUAGUAGUGAAGUACAGUUUGCUUACUGGAUUAUUGCCAUUGCACACGUUCCUGUUGUAAUUGGUUUGGCGUAUCUGGUCAUGCUGGACAUGUUUGAAACUCACCAGAAAAAAAGUCAACAGACUAAAACAACAGAUCAACCAACUGAUAAAGAAGUGGAAGUGACGGAGCCUAAGGAAGCCGAGCAUUCUGUGAGCUUGUUUAAUAGUCCUAAUAGAUGUAAAAUAUUUGGUAUAUCGUUAUGGACGUGUUUGUUAGUAUUCUUAUACGACGGGAUGCAGGGGACAUAUGGUGGCUAUAUUUAUACUUACGCUGUAAAGAGUUCGCUGAAAAUGAAGCCAGCUCAAGGUGCUUUUCUCACGUCUAUAUUUUGGGGGUCAUUAGCUCUUGGUCGAUUGAUCUCUAUACCUAUCGCYAUGUUUAUAUCUCCAGCAGCCAUGCUGUUUGGCGACUUGGCGGGAACCAUAGCUGCUAGUUUCCUGAUGUUAAUAUUCAAAGACAGUGCUGUUGUCUUGUGGAUCGGUACCAGUACUUUUGGGUUAUUUAUGAGYAACGUCUUCCCAUCGAGCGUUGCGCUCGUUGAGCAGUACUUUGAAGUUACAGGUUCCAUCACAUGUAUGUUUGUUGUGAGUGCAGCUAUUGGUGAAAUGGUGAUUCCGUUGAUCGUUGGUAAAGUUUUUGACUACAUUGGACCUAUUAGCUUCCUUGCAGAAGGUUGUAUACUUUGUGUGGCGGCUUUAGGGUCACUCCUUGCCGUUCUUAUUAUUGGAAAAGGCUUGUCAAAUACUCAUAGAGAAAAGCUUGAAAUAUCAGAUGAAGACAUUUCUGACAUUCCAGAGGACAAGAAACCAGUAGAGGAAGAUGUCAUCGAUCAACAAGACGAAAAGCGAUAGCAAUUAUAACUUACAUAGGAUUAUUAUUUUUGUAUGGUAACACACAUAUGUACAUACUGAUCGAGUACAGUCUUUGUUAAAUACUAGUACGUUGGAUGUCAGAGGCAUUUAAAAACUGUGUACGUGGAAAAUCAUCUUGUAUAGAUGUUAGAUUUGAUAGAAAUCGUAACUUUUCCAUUUGUAAAUAUGUACUAUAGUAACUGUAAUUAUGCAAUGACACRCUGGUUCCAGCAAGCCUAGUUAAUGACGAUUUCCCACAGUAUCUCUCAUUUUAAAAUAUUUUCUUGGAGAAUUUUUGUUAUGAUUCAUCCUUAACCGUUUAAGUUGCUUGCUACUUCUUUGCCUGGCUUCAAUGGCAGUCGUAGCAUGUUAAACCGGUAAUAAUUUGAUUAAAAUGAAAUAAAGAUACAAUCAU